AUGGGAUUCAUCGGUGUGUAUUCGGCUGUGUACGACUACCAGCCACAGGGAGAGGGCGAACUCGAGAUUCGCGAGGGCGACCUCCUCUACAUUUUGGAAAAGAACGCGGACGAUGAUUGGUGGAGGGCUAAGAAGAAGGCCGAACGGGAGGAUGAGGAUGAACCCGAAGGCCUAGUCCCCAAUAACUAUGUCAAAGAGGCGAAACCAGCGCACAGAGCUACAGCCCUAUUUGAUUACACGCGACAGACAGACGAAGAGGUUUCUUUCUCAGAAGAUGCUGAGUUGAUGGUGUACGACAUCUCGGAUCCGGAUUGGACUUUGGUUGGAACCAACUCGGAAUAUGGGUUUGCGCCAUCAAAUUACAUUGAAAUAAUUGAGGACGCAUCCGCUGCGACCAAUGCCCCUCCACCUUCUGCUCGAGCCGAGCCUCCCGCGCCGUCGCUUCCGCAGCGGCCCACGCAAGCUGCUCCAGAGGAAGGUGAAGCAUCCCCUACUGGCCCUCCAGUCGAUAUGUCCCAUAACCCCGCCGCUGCUGCAAUUGCCAGUAUCAUCCACCAACAGCAUGCUUCUGUGGGUGCUCCUGUUGAGACCGAGACAACUAGAGAUGAGCCUCCACCCCCCAGCCUUCCAGUCCGGCCAUCGUACGAUCAAGCAGAUAAUCUCGAAGAACCACCAGCGCCUACUCUACCGCGUCGACCCCCUUCAGAACACGCAACUCCGCCUAUGAGCCGUUAUUCGCCUGACCCAACUCCCCCACGCCGUCCCCAACAGAUGGUGUUUGCGACGGUGCCCACAACAGGCCGUGAUGGAACACACGUCAAAGCGUCUCCCCCUUACAACCGGGCAGGUGAACUAACGCCGCGAUCACCUUCCGGUUACCAUCUCUACAACAUCAAUGAGAUGGUUGAGGUCAUGGGCAAGAGAAAGAAGAUGCCUACUACAUUGGGCAUCAAUAUGGUGACUGGGAUCAUUUUCAUCUCUCCCGAAGGUGAUGAUAGGCAGCAAGAAUGGAGUGCAGAGAAGCUCACUCAUUAUUCAAUUGAAGGCAAGCAUGUCUUCGUUGAUCUUAUUAGGCCUAGCAAGAGCAUCGAUUUUCAUGCAGGUGCCAAAGAUACCGCCCACGAAAUCGCAGCCGCACUAGGCGAGAUUGCCGGUGCUUACCGCGCAGGAGGAUUGCGGGAGGUGCUCGAGGCCGGAGAAGGCAGUGGUCCAAAGAAGGGCCAAAUUCUGUAUGACUUCAUGGCGCAAGGCGAAGAUGAAGUCACGGUAGCCGUGGGAGACGAAGUAAUCAUCCUUGAUGAUACCAAGUCUGAAGAGUGGUGGAUGGUGCGGCGGUUAAAAAACAACAGGGAGGGCGUUGUCCCCAGUAGCUAUGUUGAAGUCAUCAGUUUGAUACCGAAGGCACCACUCAUGCCUGCGGAACCAGGCCUAUCAAGUGUGGAAAAGAAUCGAAUGGAGGAGAUGCGGUUGACUAAACUUUCGAUGGGCAAGUCACGCACAGACUCGAUGGAUUCAUCUGAUCGCCACAGUAGGCGUGACAGCAAAAUCAAGUCGAAGCCUGAUCCAAGCAAAGUGCGAAAGUGGACGGAUCGGAGCAAGGACUUCACAGUUGAAGCACAGUUCAUAGGUCUUCAGGAUGGUAAGAUCCAGCUCCACAAGGUGAAUGGCAUUAAAAUUGCCGUCCCUGUCUCGAAGAUGUCGGUUGAAGAUCUAGAACAUGUGGAGAAAAUCGCCGGCGUCUCGCUUGAUGAGGACAAACCCCUUUCAAGUAUCCGACCUCGAGCUGCUAUUGACAAGGAAUCCAAAGCUGGGGCUUCUGUGCAACGUUCCGACUAUGAUUGGUUUGACUUCUUCCUCAAAGCUGGCGUUGGGCCACAUCGGUGUGAGCGAUAUGCCCAGUCCUUCAACAAGGAUGCGAUGGACGAGUCUGUGUUGCCCGACAUUACGUCCGAGAUUCUCCAGACUCUGGGUUUGAACCAAGGCGAUACCUUGCGGGUUAUGAAGGUCCUGGAUACCAAAUAUGGCCGUACACCAGACAAGUCCAAAGUUCGGAACGUCAGUUUCGGUGGCGAGGAAUUCAUUGGUAAUGGCGAGGACGGGGGGCAAGGUGGUCUGUUCUCUGGGCCUGGUGGUGUGCUGCGCAACAAUACUCGCAGGGGCAGACCGACACCAAAUGUCCAAGCCGGAGAAGUCGAUCCAAAAGCGUUCGGUCAAGGAGACGAACCUAAAUCACCAGAUAGUUCGGCGAGCCCACCACCCCCUGCUGCGGCUGAAAAGCCUGUAGCGCGUGGGUUUGAUGACGAUGCUUGGGAAGUGAAGCAGCCAAAACAGCCUGCUAAACCCUCUGCAGCCAGCCCGAGCCCGCCACCCGCCGUAUCCCAGGUACCUCCGCCCACGGGCGCCAUGGUAGAUUUGACCUUGCUCCAAACUCCUUUGCAACCUACUCCUGCUCAGCCUGCCGUAACCGCACAGGCAACCCCACCCAGUCUGCCAUCCCAGACAAUCGCCGUGCAACCACCUGUUAUACAGCAACAGCAAACGGGUGCCACUUCCAGUUUAUUCGAGCAAGUGGCACAGAUAGGACAGCAUCAACAAGCACAGGCCAGGCAACGCCCACAACCCCCCCAGACAGUUGGACAAAACUCACUCCUGCCUCCUCCCCCGCAACGCCCGUUGUCCGCACCGCAAAACUUCUCGCAGCAGCAGAAUUCCUUCGGCCCUCCUCCGUUGCAGGCCCAAUUAACGGGACUUCCUCAGGUGAGCUCCCCUGAUGCUCCUUUUGGUCAAAGUCCAAGUGAACUAAAUCAGCAGCGUUAUCAGCCUACGAUGCAGCCGCAAGCGACAGGUUUCAUAGGUCAGAAUCAAUACCAGAACGGCAUGAUGCCGCAGCCAACGGUGUUUACUCCGCAAUCCCAAUUCGGUAUCCAGCAGCAACAGCAAUUUAGUGGUCAAAUGCCCCCCCAACAAACCGGCUUCCACGGACUAGGGACGCAGCCCACGGGUUUCAAUGGAUAUGGGCAAUUGCAGCAGCCAAUGCAGACCGGGAUCAACUCUAUUCUUCCUCCGGCAUUGCAACCACAACCCACCGGUGUGAAUGGUUUCAUGAACCACUAUCCAUCUCCGCCCCCUAUACCACCAAUUCCUCAACAAUCAACGGUCACUCCGCUGUCACCACAGAAGACAGGGCCAGCUCCUUCCAUCAGAUUUGGUGUCAAACCAGAUGGUCCCAAGAAGCUUGUGCCACAGCCGACUGGACUCAAAGCAAACCUUGCGCAAGCUACCCCCAAUAAUCCAUUCGGUUUCUAG